AUGAACAAGAUUUUAAUUAAGGAUAUAUUAAAUGAUCCAAGUAUAAAGAAAGAAAAAAAUAGUAUUACGAAAAUCAAUGAUAGAUUGUUUAGAAUAUGUUCUAAUCUUCCAAAUUAUGGUUCAAAUAUUCCUGAAAAUUUGAUCACUAGUUUUGAUGAUAUAAUUGGGACUCUUUGUAAAAUUAAAGAUAAUUGUGAAAACAUUGCUGAAGUUGAAAGAAUAAAAGAUUUAAGGACAACUUACCAGAUAUGUAGGAUAAUGGAACAGAUAAUUGAACAUUUUCCUAAAGAAGACUUGAAGAAGCAAUUAACAAAAGAAGAAAAUGCUGUGAUUUUUAAUAUAAUGACACAGGAUAUGAUGAAUAAGAAAGAGGCCUCACUAAAUUCAUAUCGUGGACACAGGUUUUCGUUAAACAACGUAACAAUUUUAGAACAAUGGUAUAAUGAUCAUUAUCAAAAACCAUAUUUAACUAAGAGCAGUUUGGAAAAACUUUCUAAGUCAACUGGUCUAAAUAAAGUUCAAAUAAGAAACUGGGUGUCAAACAGAAGAAGAAAGGAGAAGUCAGUUCAAGUAUCCUCAGUUAUACUCGAUUUAGUUCAAGAAAAAUGA